ACCCACACACCUAAACCCAUAGUCCUCUGCAAAACUCGAAGUCGUUUCCGUCACCUUUUUUUCUCUCUGAGAGGAAAAAAAAAAAGCAAAAGCAAUAAAGCAUAGACAUUUUUAUAGACUCGGAGAUUCCAAAGAGACUCUGUGUAUGUGUUUGUGUUUGGGUUUGUGUUUGUGUCUGUGUCUGUGUCUGUGUGUGUGUGAGAGAGAGAAAAUGCAGGGGACAGUGGGGCCACUUGGUGCCACAUAAGGACCCUGAGUGAGAGAUCCCUUUUGAUUAUUAUUAUUGUAGCUAUAUACUAGCGGCGAGAUGGGUGGGUUGAGUCCGACGAUAGUGGCGGCGGUGGGCGGCGGAGGAGGAGGCGGAAAUAGUGGUGGCGGUGGUGGUGGUGGUGCGAAUGGUGCGAGCAGUAGCAACAGCUGCUGUGACAUGAGCUUGAGGUGUUGGUGUAGGUGGCGUUGUAGAGACCACCAACACCAGCACCUUCGUUUGUUGUUCUCCUCUGCCUUUGUUUUCUUCUUUGGUUGUUUUGUGUUGUACGGAUCGGUGGCUACUCUCUAUGCCUGGCUUGCUUUCACACCCGGGGUCCAUGGCUUGGCUCAGUCUGAGUCUAGUUCGUCUCUUGGAUGCCUUCAAGACAAUGAGGGUUCUUGGUCGGUUGGUGUUUUCUAUGGUGACUCUCCCUUUUCUCUCAAACCCAUCGAAAAGGCGAAUGUGUGGAAGGAUGAGGUUGCAGCAUGGCCAGUGGCGAACCCUGUGGUGACUUGUGCUUCUGUUUCUGAUGCUGGUUAUCCUAGCAAUUUUGUUGCUGAUCCUUUUCUUUAUGAACAGGGAGAUACGCUCUACCUCUUCUAUGAAACUAAGAAUCCAAUGACUAUGCAAGGAGACAUUGGAGUCUCAAAAAGUACUGAUAAGGGAGCAACAUGGCAACAAUUGGGCAUUGCCCUGAAUGAGGACUGGCAUCUGUCUUAUCCAUAUGUCUUCAAUUACCUUGGCCAAAUUUAUAUGAUGCCUGAGAGCAGUAAAAGAGGGGAACUUCGUCUUUACCGUGCACUCAAUUUUCCUUUGCAAUGGACACUGGAGAAGGUCAUCAUGAAGAAGCCACUUGUUGAUGCCUUAAUCAUCAAAUUUGAUGGGAAGUAUUGGCUUUUUGGUUCAGAUCACAGUGGUUUUGGUGCCAGCAAGAAUGGACAGCUGGAGAUCUGGUAUAGCAGCUCACCUCUUGGUCCUUGGAAACCACACAAGAAGAACCCUAUCUAUAAUGUUGACAAGAGCUUGGGGGCUCGAAAUGGAGGGAGACCAUUUUUCUACGAAGGAAACCUUUAUCGAAUUGGUCAAGACUGUGGUGAAACAUAUGGGAGAGCAGUGCGCAUCUUCAAUGUAGAAGUUCUUACAGAAAAUGAAUAUAAAGAAGUUGAAGUGCCCUUGCCCUUAGGCUUAAUAGAGCCUAAUAAAGGCCGUAAUUCUUGGAAUGGUGGUCGCUAUCAUCAUCUUGAUGUACAGCAGCUAAGUUCUGGGGAGUGGAUUGCAGUUAUGGAUGGGGACCGUGUACCUUCAGGAGAUCCGGUCCAGCGAUUUAUUCUUGGUUGUGCUUCAGUUGCAGUUGUUGCUGUACUUGUUCUACUGCUUGGUGUGCUACUUGGUGCUGUGAAGUGCAUUAUCCCCCUGAACUGGUGCAUUCACAACUCGGGAAAGAGAAGCGAUGCUUUCUUGGCUUGGGAAAGAUCAAAUCAGUUUUCUUCCAAAGUGAGACGGUUUUGCAGUCGCUUAAAUAGAGUACCUUCAUUUCUCCGAGGAUGGAUAAAACCUAAUACCUAUACUGGAAAACUGGUUAUCGUAAUAAUAUUUGUGGUUGGAGUUGCACUAAUGUGCACAGGGGUUAAAUAUAUUUUUGGGGGCAAUGGUGCUGAAGAAGCUUACUUGUGGAAAGGUCACUACUCGCAGUUCACGUUAUUAACAAUGACAUAUGACGCCAGACUUUGGAAUCUGAAGAUGUAUGUGAAGCAUUACUCAAGGUGUUCUUCAGUGCGAGAAAUUGUUGUGGUGUGGAACAAGGGGAUACCUCCCGAAUUGAGUGAUCUAGACUCAGCAGUGCCAGUUAGGAUCAGAGUAGAGAAAGAAAACUCGUUGAAUAAUCGGUUCAAAAUAGAUCCCGAGAUAAAAACCCGUGCUGUUCUUGAGCUUGAUGAUGACAUUAUGAUGACUUGUGAUGAUAUUGAGCGGGGUUUUAGGGUAUGGCGUCAGCACCCAGAUCGUAUUGUUGGGUUCUACCCCCGGCUUAUUGAUGGAAGCCCAUUGAAGUAUAGGGGUGAGAAAUAUGCCCGAAGACAAAAAGGGUAUAACAUGAUUCUUACUGGGGCAGCUUUCAUUGAUAGUCAAGUAGCUUUCAGGAGAUAUUGGAGUGAGGAAGCGGAGCAAGCCAGGGAACUGGUGGAUAGGUAUUUCAAUUGUGAGGAUGUGCUACUAAAUUACUUGUAUGCCAAUGCAAGCUCAUCUAAGACUGUAGAAUAUGUAAAACCAGCAUGGGCAAUAGAUACAUCAAAGUUGUCUGGUGCAGCAAUCAGCCGAAACACAAAAGUGCAUUACAAGGUAAGAAGCAACUGUCUUUUGAAAUUUUCGGAGAUGUAUGGUAGUUUGGCUGGCCAUAAGUGGGAAUUUGAUGGGAGGAAGGAUGGUUGGGAUUUAUAGCGACAAGAGAAUUUUAACAGCAACUCACUGACUUCCAUUUUGUUCUUCCUUUAUUCUCAUUUGGUAUCAUUUUUGUUGUUCCUGUCCAUACUUCCCCCUGUUGUGAAUUAGUUCGGGGAACUUUAGGUAUCGAUAACUUAUGUCUGCAAAAUGUAUAUUGGUUUUGCUUUGGCUUUUUAAAUUUAGCCGUCUUAGUUUUUAGUUUUGAGAAAAUGGUCAAAUAUGAGUUCAUUGGAAAAUAUGUUUAUCUUCAAUCUUUCCAUUGGGACAUGGGAAUCAUGGCAAGUUUUGUAAUAGUGUAAUAUUCAUGUCUGAGAAGAUAAAAUUGUUGUAGGAUUGGUUUGCAAGUACAUGAAAUGAAAGAUUUUAAUUAGGGGUGUUAA